AUGGGUGGACAAGUAUCCAAGAUGAUGGGGAAGAUAUUUGGCACGAAGGAAAUGCGCAUUUUGAUGCUGGGUUUGGAUGCGGCUGGAAAGACCACGAUUCUCUAUAAGCUGAAGCUCAGCAACCAGGACGUGACCACGAUUCCAACGGUUGGUUUUAAUGUCGAGAGUGUCACGUAUAAGAACGUGAAGUUCAACGUUUGGGAUGUCGGCGGUCAGGACAAGAUUCGACCCCUCUGGCGACACUACUACUCCGGUACACAAGGAUUGAUCUUCGUGGUGGACUCCAGCGAUACGGCACGCUUGGAGGAAGCUCGCUCGGAGCUCCACAAGAUCAUCAACGACCGCGAAAUGAAGGAUGCGCUCUUGCUGGUGUUUGCCAACAAGCAAGACACUCCCGGCCACCUGAGCCCCGAAGACAUCACCAACGAGCUCCAGUUGACCAAGCUGAAGGACAAACUGUGGUACGUGGCACCCAGUGUGGCUACGGACGGCACAGGUAUUUUUGAGGGCCUGGCUUGGCUUUCGAACAACGUCAAGACCCCGCCGCAGAAAUAA